AUGCUUAUUCCUGUAUUAUGUAUCUCUACAUUAGUACAAUUAUAUGCAUGUUCAUAUAUAGCUGGUGAUCCUACACAACCACGUUUCUUUGCUUAUUUAUCAUUAUUUACAUUACUUAUGGUAGUAUUAUUAGGUGGUGAUAAUUAUGGUAUUUUAUUUAUUGCUAUAAAAAGUGCUUUAUCAGCUUUAUUACUUAAUCGUGUAGGUGAUUCAUUUUUUGUAUUAGGUUUAUGUCUUAUUUAUCAUACUUAUGGUACUUUAGAUUAUACUAUUAUUAAUGCUACUUGUGAAGGUCCUACUCCUGUUAGUGCUUUACUUCAUGCUGCUACUAUGGUUACAGCUGGUUGUUAUGUUUUAAUUCGUUCAAGUAAUUUACUUGAAUAUUCACCUUCUGCUUUAUUAAUUGUAUUAUGA